AUGGUCAUGAGGAAUAAAACUCCUGUCUCGGCAACUUACCAUGGCUAUAUUGCUUCCUCGAGAGAUGCACUGCUUGUAAUCGAUGCGGUGUUAAGGGGACUUCUGCUCCCCGUCACCAACCGACCUACGCCAAAGGAGAGGAAGGCUCUCAUAAGAUCGGGCAAUGUCUUUGUCUUUAUUGAGGAGGAGUCAAAUAUAAAGAGGUGGACUGACGGUACGUCCUGGUCUCCCUCGAGAAUUUUAGGGAGGUUCCUCAUCUACAGAGAACUGUCCAAGAAUAUCGUCAAGGACUCCAAUAACAACCUAUCUGCCAUUACCAGCGUCGUGGAGGACAAUGGUGAUAGUAAUAACAUGGACAACGGUAAUGCUAGCGGUAGUAGAGCUACAAGUACUGCAACUAAUAAUAAUAAUAAUAAUAAUAAUAAUAGUACCAACAAUAAUGGUGCGAACAAUCACUAUGCUUCAACAGAGAGCAGAUUUGUUAAGUUGAAUUGUCAACCAAUAACCGCCUAUGCUAUGGCUGGUGGAGAGGAUGUGAUAAGAAAGAGAAGCAUAGAUGAUGUGAUCAAAGAGGACGCAAACAGCAACAACAACAACAACAACAAUACUGAUACUAACAGUACUCAUAAUAGUAUUAGGGGAGACACCACCAUUUCUAAUACGAAUGAAAUCAAUACCAACUUACUCAACUCCAAUAUAGAAGUGGAUGUUCUCAGUGACAACAUCUACCGUAGUGACGGCCUCAUCAAAAAGUCACUCUCCAUUGUUUUACACUCUCCCUCAAGGAAAACUAUCCAUUUGGUAUCGUAUUACACAACAAAGGAUGUCAUUAACAAUAAAUUGAAUAUUCCAUCCUCUGACAACUUCUUCAAAGAUAACUCAGUUGUUCCCUCCUAUGAAUUGAUUGAUUCCUUGUUAAAUACAUCCCUUGGCCAUUCCAUCUCUCACAGGCGUCGCUCUGACCCGUCCAGCGGUCCAAUAUCCUUCUUAGACACUGAUGGGUUUGAUGACCAAACAGUUAUGAGCUACACUAAUCAUAAGAGGAGACGUUUAUCUGAACAAAGACAACAACAACAGCAGCAACAACAGCAACAAUUGCAACAAUUGCAACAACAACAACAACAACAACAACAUCAACAACAACAACAACAACAACAUCAACAUCAACAAAAUCAACAACAACAACAACAACAGCAGCAGCAUCAAUAUCAUCAACAGAUUCAGAUGCAAUUGCCUCAACAAUUUUACUCUUCUUACUCAUACCCGUAUCAGCCUCAGCUCAUCUACGCCAACCAAUUGCCACCCCCUCCUCCCCAUUCUCUAUCAAACUAUAGAUCCAUGUACGGCUACCAAUUACCACCAGCUAGAACUUCAUAUGAUGAGCAUGCCGUGCCUUCAAUGCCCGUGCUGAGAUCGGCUUCUCAUCCGGGCUUUGAUACCUUGCCCUUGAGCCACGAUUUUCAACAGCCCCAGCAAACUGCAUCAGUAACGCAGACACAUCAGUAUCAUCAACACCAUCCGCAACAACAACAACAACAACAACAACAACAACAACUUGCAACGGCUGCUCCACCCCUUUCACAACAAUUAGAUUACCCAACCUCGUUGAGAACAUUGCCAGUCUCUCAAUCUUCUCAAAUGCAGCAAAAUGAUCAGCUGCAAUUUAACGCAUCUCCUCUGGUAAACGAAACAGACGAUGUAUCCAAUCAAAAUAAACACCCCCAGUCUACACUUGAAUCUUCAAACCUACUUACCCUGGUGUGA